AUGCAGAUUAAUCGUCGUCAACGCUUGGAGUUCGCGCUCAGCAUUUUGCCAUACGACCAUAAAAGGGUGGAGUUGUCCCCGGCGCAAAAGCAGGUUGAGCAAAUUAUAGCGCGACUACGAACAGAUGACACCUCUGCCGAGGAGGAGAGCGAUGAUGAGAAGGUGCGCCAGAAGCAGCGCACUGCCGCUGGCUUCGCCGAGCACACAAUGCGCUGCAUUGAGGAAGCUGAAGGUGUUGUCUAUCCGAAACCUAAGAAAAUGCUUAGCACAUUGGCUACACUGACGCUGGCUGCUGAGAAGCUGUUAAAGACACAAUGCAAGAUGGAUGAGGACAACAUGAGAGAUGAGAACGAGUUCGAGGGCGACUCGGUCAUGGAUGAGGAGGCAGCAUUGGCCAAGCUGGACCGCAGAGAACUCAUGGAGAACAACAUUCUGGCACUGAACCAAGCGCGACUGAAGAUGCUGCAGCGUUGGGAGCGCAGCAAGCGCAAGGCUCUCGACUUGCUCACCAUUGAGAUCGAGAAGGUGCAGACCAUGGAUCAAGCGCACGAGCAUAGAGUGGCCCAAUUUGAUCUGUUCCGCGAUGGCACUGAUGAGCACAACACCUCAACGCCCAAGACCAACGACGACGACGACGAUGAGAAGGAGAAUGAAAAUGUUGUUGAACUGGACGAUGACGAUGAAGAAUACAUGCCACACGCCGCCGAAAGCAGCAACAAACGCAAGCGACUAAAGAAGCUUGUUACAUCCACGCCAAAUGGCAAACUCAUUUUUCCACACUUGGAAUUCGAUCAUUAUGCCAAAUCGCCCAUGGUCACUAUUGGACCCAACGGCACACAGAUAUCGCGUGUUUCCUUGCAAAGCUUAAACUGGACCAUGUCAGGUCCGGCUAUAACCCGCAAGUUGCUUUGCGAAAUCUUCGAUCGGGAUACUCUGGCCUUCCACACGCUCUCGGGCAAGCCGUCGCCGGCAUUCAAAGACUGCGCUCGACCCAGCAAGCAACAGCUGGACCCACUCAAAGUAGCCGACCUGGUCUAUCUGAUGACCAACAGCAUGCAGAUGACGCCACGAGAGGUGCGCACAGCCAUCACGACCAAGUGUGCCGAUGAAAACAAAAUGCUACGCACUCGACUCCAGCGACGUCCCCGCAAGACCAUCUAA